GCCUUUUCAUCUGUCAUCCAAAAAAGCUUUUGAGACUGUGAGGAGCAGGCUGAGCUCGUCGACUCUUCAAUCUGAAAGGCCAGUCGUAUUACGAUGACGACAAACAUUUCCAGAAGUCGCCUUGCUGACAGCGCAAAUUCAAGCGUCAGUGGGCAAUUCUGCCUUCACGCGCAAGCUCGCAGGAUGGGCAAGCGUGGGUUGUGGAUUGUGUGCUGGAACACCAACGUCACUCGAACAAGAUCUUGUUCGAAGCAUUUGCAUACCUGCUCUCGGGCCCGUCUGGCGUCGGGCUGCUGUUCAUUACAAGGGGCAAUUCUUCGAUCGGAGAGGCUUCACGCGACUUGUCCUACCCGGUCGUCGAGUGUGCAGCAGGCUGGCGCAGGUCAAAGUCUUGAGGGCUAUGACUCACUGACCUCUGAGACGGCUUUCGAUAGAUUUAAGUGAGAGGGAUUCCACACAACCACUUCAAUUUCAUGGCCAUCACGUCAGACUUCCUUGCAGACAAUCUUCUUUGGCACUGGUCUGCGACGGCUUCGACGGAAAGAUAAGUGCAGGCAACUGUCGUCAUACACCGUGAAGGCCUCACAGGGAUUAUUAGGUAGACAUCAUUUCGUGG